UUAUGAUCCAAUCCAAUCGCCGUCCCCACGGCUACUGGACACCGAGCGCCUGCAGCCUGAGCCUCACGAACGUGGUCCCCUGCCUUCGCAUGUCCCGCUGCAUCACACAAACCACACCCCUGGCCGGCCGGUGGUGACAAGUCUCGAGGACGGCCCGAGAGGACCUCCUCCUCAGUCGCUGGCCCGCCUUACGCCGGGUGCGAGGAGCAAGCUGUACAAAUUACAACCCAAUCAGCAACAAUUGCAUCAGCAUCUACAAAUCAACCAACAACAACUGCACCAACUACAACCCUACCACCAACACCUUUACCAGCAAAUGCACAAACAUUUACAACCCUACCAACAACUACGUCUGCACCAACAUCUGCAACUCAGCUACCAACAACAAUGCCUGCACCAACAUCUACAACUCAACCAACAAUUAUUGCACCAACAUCAACAACACAACCAUCAAUUACGCCUGCACCAACAUCUACAAGUCAAUCAACAACAAAAAUUGUACCAACAUCUACACCUCAACCAACAAAUUCACCAACAUCUACAACUCAACAAACAACUGAGCCUGCAUCAAUAUCUACAACCCAACUAACAACAAAUUCACCAACUACAACCCAACCACCAACAACUUUACCAACAACAAGUGCACCAACAAUUACAACCCUACCAACAACUAUGCCUGCACCAGCAUCUACAAGUCAACCAACAACAACUGCACUGAUGUCUACAACUCUACCACCAACACCAGCAACAACAACGACUGAACCAAUAUCUAUAACCCAACAAACAAUGAAUCCACAAAAUACAACUCAGCCACCAACAACAGAACCAACCUCUACAACCCUACCAACAAGUGCAACAACAUCUACAACUCAACCAAAAACAACUGCUCAAACAACAACUACAUCAACAUCUACACCUCAGCCAACUACAACUCUAUCAACUACAACUCAACCACCACCAACAACAACUGCACCAACAUCUAUUACUCAAUCAACAAUAAUAGCACCAACAUCAACAACAGAACCAUCAAAUACGCAUGCAUCAAUAUCUACAAGUCAACCAACCAUAACAACUGCACCAACAUCUACAACCCAACCACCAACAACCAGUGUACCUACAUCUACAACCCAAGUACCAACAACGACUGCACCAAUAUCUACAUCCCAACCAAUGACUGAACCAACAUCUACAAUUCAACUAACAACUAAUACUGCACCAACUACAACCCAAUCACCUACAACUGCACCAACAUCUACAAUUCAAUCAACAAUAACAAGUGCACAAACAUUUACACAACUAACAACUCCACCUCCAACAACUUCCCCAACUUCUGUAAUUCAACUAAAAACAACUCCACCAAAUACAACCCAACCCCCAACAGCUGCAACAACAUCUACAACUCAAUUAGCAACAACUCCACCAACUAAAACCCAACCACCAACAGCUGCAACAACAACAACUAUAAUGCAAUUAACAACAACUCCAUCAGCUAAAACCCAACCAUCAACAGCAGCAACAACAUCUACAAUACAACUAACAACAACUCCACCAACUACAACCCAACCAUCAACAGCUGCAACAUCAUCUACAACUCCACCAGCUACAACCCAACCAUCAACAACUGCAACAAUAUCUACAUUGCAACUAACAACAAUUCCACCAACUGAAACCCAACAACCAACAGCUGCAACAACAACUACAAUGCAAUUAACAACAACUCCAUCAACUACAACCCAACCACUAACAGCUGCAACAACAUCUACAACUCAACUAACAACAACUCCAUCAACUACAACCCCACCACCAACAGCUGCAACAAUAUCUACAACUCAACUAACAACAACUCCACCAACUACAACCCCACCACCAACAGCUGCAACAUCUACUACUCAACUAACAACAAUUCCACCAACUUCAACCCAACCACCAACGGCUGCAACAACAUCUACAACUCAACUAACAACCCCACCACCAACAGCUGCAACAACAUCUAUUACUCAAUCAACAAUAAUAGCACCAACAUCAACAACAGAACCAUCAAAUACGCAUGCAUCAAUAUCUACAAGUCAACCAACCAUAACAACUGCACCAACAUCUACAACCCAACCACCAACAACCAGUGUACCUACAUCUACAACCCAAGUACCAACAACGACUGCACCAAUAUCUACAUCCCAACCAAUGACUGAACCAACAUCUACAAUUCAACUAACAACUAAUACUGCACCAACUACAACCCAAUCACCUACAACUGCACCAACAUCUACAAUUCAAUCAACAAUAACAAGUGCACAAACAUUUACACAACUAACAACUCCACCUCCAACAACUUCCCCAACUUCUGUAAUUCAACUAAAAACAACUCCACCAAAUACAACCCAACCCCCAACAGCUGCAACAACAUCUACAACUCAAUUAGCAACAACUCCACCAACUAAAACCCAACCACCAACAGCUGCAACAACAACAACUAUAAUGCAAUUAACAACAACUCCAUCAGCUAAAACCCAACCAUCAACAGCAGCAACAACAUCUACAAUACAACUAACAACAACUCCACCAACUACAACCCAACCAUCAACAGCUGCAACAUCAUCUACAACUCCACCAGCUACAACCCAACCAUCAACAACUGCAACAAUAUCUACAUUGCAACUAACAACAAUUCCACCAACUGAAACCCAACAACCAACAGCUGCAACAACAACUACAAUGCAAUUAACAACAACUCCAUCAACUACAACCCAACCACUAACAGCUGCAACAACAUCUACAACUCAACUAACAACAACUCCAUCAACUACAACCCCACCACCAACAGCUGCAACAAUAUCUACAACUCAACUAACAACAACUCCACCAACUACAACCCCACCACCAACAGCUGCAACAUCUACUACUCAACUAACAACAAUUCCACCAACUUCAACCCAACCACCAACGGCUGCAACAACAUCUACAACUCAACUAACAACCCCACCACCAACAGCUGCAACAACAUCUACAACUCAACUACCAGCAACCCCACCACCAACAGCUGCAACAACAUCUACAACUCAACUAACAACAACUCCACCAACUACAAACCAACCACCAACAGCUGCAACAGCAUCUACAAAUCAACAAACAACUCCACCAACUACAACCCAACCACCAACAGCUACAACAACAUCUACAACUCAACUAACAAAUACUCCACCACUUACAACCCAAACACAAACAGCUGCAACAAAAUAUAUAACUCAACAAACAACAAUAACUACAAACCAACCACCAAAAGCUGCAACAACAUCUACAACUCAACGAACUAUAACUACAACCCAACCACCUACAGCUGCAACAUCUACUACUCAACUAACAACAACUACAACUCAACUGACAACUACAAUUCAACAAAUAACUACAACUGCACCAAUAUCUACAACCCAAACAACAAAUGCAAUAAUAUCUAUAACUCAACUAACGACUCAAUUAACAGAUUUGACAACAUUUGCUUAUGCAACUAUCAAGAUGAAAUCCUUUGUUGAGCUGAGCAAUGAUGAAAUCAUUACAUAUAUCGAAAAGUUUUCCAGGCACAUUCAAGCUAACAUUACUGGGACCAUCAAGAUUACUGUGAAGAAAUCAAGAAAAUUGUUGCCCUAGGGAUCUGAUAUGGAAAACGUAUUUAAUCUAAACGUUUGUAUACAUAAAAUCACUGAAUGAAGUUGUCAGAAAGCAAAUUAAAGAAUACUGCUCAGAUCUAGCACACUUUAAUCUUUUAAUUUCAGUUUUACAAAAAAAACCUGCUGAAACAAAUUGAAAUAAGAGUGCUAUAAAGCUGUUCAGCCAUGACAUCAAUUUGUAGGUGAACCCAGAAGUCUAAUUCACUAUGGUUUUUUUUUUAACUUGUGAGUUAAAUAAGGUCUGUGGUAAACAUUACUUCUACAACAAAAAUUACACACUUUCAUACCUCAAAACGUGAAUUUUGAAGCCGCUGUGUGUUUUUUUUUUUUUUUGUUUGUUUUUUGUUUGUUUGUUUUUUAAAGUAUGUAAUUCAGUAUAGCUUCAAGAUUCACGUUUUAGACAAAAUUUUGCUUUUAUAGCUCAAAUCAAGCUUUAAAACUGUAUUUUUAGGUUGGUCCAGAGAACAUUAUUAUAUGUUAUAUUGUAGUAAAGACUUUGCUUAUUCAUUUUUUAAUAAGUGGCCUGUCUUCUCCUUUUACUGUCACUAGUUACACCAUCCUUAAUUUCAUCUUAAUUUUUUUUAACAUUAAUUUGAAAUAUGUAAUGAAAAUAUCUGAAGCUGCUUUAAAAGAGUGAUUACUUUAAUGUUAUUUGAUUCAAGUAAUGAAGAUGAUUGAUUUUUGUAUGUUUCAUUUUGUAAUGUGUUUGGGGGGGGGUGGGGGGGUACAGACAAAAACCAUGCCAUCAUCUGCAUAUACUGUAAUGUAACCCUAACCUAUGCUAUUUGUAAACUUUGAUCAAGCAUUUUCCUUAGUGAUUAAAGUAACUCUUUACUUGAACCUGGCUGUAACAUGAACCUAAAAUGCUCAAUGGCUUUAUAUAUUUAAAUAAAAUGUAUAA